CUAGGAAGGAAGUGAAGUUUUAAACAAAUGGGCUGGGGCUCUCACUUUAACAACAAUUUUCCAGACUGAGGGUGGUACAACAGAGGCCAUGAAGAGCCAGAAGCUGGGUUUCCUGAGCAGCCUGCUCUUCAAAUGGCAGUCACAGGCAACUUUUGUUGGUAAAGCAAUGCUGCCUGUGUUGCUGCUCAUCAGGCUGGUGACACUGGGAGCAGCGGCUCAGACAGCCUGGCUGGACGAUGAGAGGGAGUUUAUCUGUAACAGCCAUCAGCCAGGCUGUGAUGUUGCCUGUUUCAAUGAGGCCAUGCCUCUUUCUCCUGCACGUCUGUGGACAAUACAGCUGCUUCUGGUUUUGGCUCCUGGUCUUGUUUUCCUCUGCUACCUGAUCCACCUCACUAACCAGGAAAUCCAGGUGAGGACAAGAAAUGAGGAGGUCAAAGGGCACGCUCUGGGGGUGUACCUGGCCUGUAUGGCUUUUGUCAUACUGGUAGAGGUUGGAUUUAUCGUGGCACAGUCAUUGCUCUAUGGUUUCUGGGUAGAUACUCACUAUAUGUGUCGAGCAUCUCCGUGUCUUUCCGGAACAGACUGUACCAUUCCCCAUGCAUGGGAGAAGACAAUUUUCCUGGUUAUAAUGUUGACAGCAUCCUGCAUCUCCCUCCUGCUGAGUGUGGUGGAGCUGGUUUGUGUACUGCUGAGAGCCAAGGCGAGGCACGGACAGCCGGAUGGUGCAAAGGCUCUACAGUCGUGGUCAGGGGUCGAGGAGAGUUGGAGUUUCCUAAGUCAGCUGCUGGCCCUGUGGCAUUCCCAUGCUGGUCUCUUGGGUAAAACCAUCCUCCCAGUGUUGCAGCUGAUCCGGCUUGUUAUUAUCGGGGCAGCGGUGCAGCCAGUCUGGCACGGAGAUUUAGGAGACUUUGUUUGUAACACUAUCCAUCCAGGCUGCAAACAAGCUGGGUUCAAUGAAAUCUUCCCCUUCUCUUUGCGAAAUUACUGGACACUGCAGGUGCUUCUCGUUUUGGCUCCUGGUCUGAUUUUCUUCUGCUACUUGAUCUACAUCAUCAUCAUGAAAGAAACGAGAAGCCCAGAAACUUGGGUUAAAGGUCAAGUACUGGGGGCGUAUUUGGGCCUCUUGACAGCAGUUGUUCUGGUGGAGGUGGGAUUUACAGUGGGUCAGGCUUUGAUUUUCGGUUUCUCCCUGUCUACCACCUCUGUCAUAUCCGCCAAACCGUGUUUCAGCAGAGUCGAAUGUUACACCUCCCAGGCAACAGAGAAGACGGUGUUCAUGGUCAUCAUGUUAUGCGUGGCGUGCCUGUCAAGCCUGCUGACCCUGGUGGAGAUGUGCAUGGUGUUGAAGAGCGAGAGGCCAUGGGAAAAGAGCCUGUACAAGAUGUCAGAGGCCUCAGGCUUUGAGAUGUCACCUUUCAAGGAGAAAACCACAGAGGACAAUGAAAGCUGCACCACACCCAACAUCUAAAGCUUACUAACACAGAUUGAGGGUGAUCCCACGCCUAAACCAUGACAUUAGAGCCUUUUAAAGAGAAGAGGUUGGACACGUCCGCCAGCUCUUUCUUUACUUCUUUUUUUUACUUUUUUAUCACUGUAUAUUACUGUGACAAAACACUUACGAAGAAUUACGAGAAGUUUAGUAUCUUUUCUUUUAGUUUUAAUCUAGAGUUUACAGUUUAUAGUUUUUACUUUUUAGUUUCACAGUUUAAACAUUAAUAUGAAGCUCCACACAUAUGUGACCUAUUGUAAACUUUCAAGAAAACUAUAUAAGAAAAAGGUAAUACAUAUAAAUGUUGCAUGUAUAAGGUGAAUGGUUUGUAAUUGACUCCGCUGUAUGAGGAGGACGUGAGGAUGCUGUCAGUGAAGACUAAAGAAAAUGUGCAUUCA